UAUUGACGCACCCGGCGUCAACCUUAAUUAAUUCCUGCCGUAUCUUAAAUUAUCGACAUUUUUGUAACUGCGGAUAGUCGUAAAUCGAUCAGCUUGGCAACAAAAUGAGUACACUGCAUUUGGGACCCGGAUCUGAGCAACCACCUAGAGUUGAGGGUAACAUUCGUUUGUAUAGUAUGAAGUUUUGUCCAUUUGCACAUCGUGUUCGACUGGCACUGUCAUUCAAAAAAAUACCGCAUGAUAUUGUCAACAUCAAUUUGAAAAAUAAGCCAGAAUGGUAUUUGAAGGUUCAUCCUGAGGGUAAAGUCCCAGCCUUGGUUGAUGUUGAUGGAAAAGUAGUCACUGAUUCAACUGUCAUUGUAAACUAUUUGGAAGAAAAAUAUCCUGAACCUCCACUGUAUAACAAGGCAACUAUUACUCGAGAUUUAGAACUUCUUGAUACAUAUGACAAAAUUGUCAAAAUUUUCUCUAACUGCAUCCAUAAGAAAGAUACUACACCUCUUCAAAAAGCUGUUGAUGAAAUUUGUGGUUACUUAGUAGAGUUUGAAGAAGAAUUGAAAAGUAGAAAUACUCCAUUUUUUACAGGAAACACUCCUGGUAUGAUUGACAUAUUGAUGUGGCCCUUUGUUGAGCGAGCUAAAGCACUUCCAAUACUAUACAAUGAAUCUUUAAACUUUGAUAAGGAAAAGUUUCCAUGCAUUAUGAAAUGGAUUUACGAGAUGAAACAACAAGGUUUUGUAAAGAAAAAUGCUAGUUCUUAUGAGGUGUUUGCAAAAGUUGUUGAAGCUUCUAAUGCAGGAACCAUUGACUAUGAUAACAUCUAAAUUGCUAUUUAGUGCAUCUUCCAAAGCUUGUGAUGUUAAAACAUCGCUUUCUCAUGUGAUAUCGUAUAAUUUUUUGUAAGUUUUGUAUGCAAAAUGUACUCUAUGCUUACAUGUCAAUUUAACAAUUGAAGGACAUCUUCAAAAUGUCUAAGGAAAUGAACACUUCUAAACAAACUGACAUUUAAAAGGGGCUGAGUAUUUUGAAUACUCAUUUUUUAUUUAAAAUUUGGAAAUUUCACGUUCAUUCGUUUAUUUGUUGUCACUGAAUAUAUUUCAAUAAUCUGUUUUAGUCAACAAAGCUUCUGAUAUUUUAUUUUAUCAUCUAAAAUCAUUUGUAAUACUUGUUCUAAUUAAUUUAUUCUAUAUUUCGAAUUAUUAGAUAGGCUAUUGAAAAUGAGAAUAGACUUGUGUCAAUGAAUAACACAUUGUGACAAUAAUAGUGAAUUGUAUCACAAAAAUAAUGAGCUUCACGCAGUUUGUAAGUUGCGUCUGUCCCAGUGACAAUAAAAUGCCUAAUUAAUUAAUUUAGGAGCUUCAAGAUAAAAGCAGCGCAGUAAGAUACUAUAAUAAUACUCAGUCAUAAAAAUUUAUCUUUAAGUUAUUAACUCUGGGAUCAAAUACAGAUUUAAAAAAUUGCGAUUAUUUAAAAAAGAGGUUUGUUAUUCACAUUAUUCUUACAGUUACAAUUACAUAUUUACAUAUUCGAGAACAUGUUUAUGCUUCAAGAAUAAUAAAAUUACGACUAAAUUGUCAGAUGACAUAUAAAUAGUAAUAAAAAUAAAUCUAUUCAUCGCAUGAACAAAAUAAACAUUUUUACUUUUUCAUCAUCUCAUUAUACCUUUCACCAGGAUUUAUCUACACACAGUUGUUUGAAUGCAAAAAAAUAUAAUAUAUAACUUAAGUUUGUACUUUAGCUAUAUUUGUC